AUGAGCUCUAAAAAAGCGGCAGCAUUAGAUGAUAAAGAGAAGUCAUUAAAACAAAAAUAUGAAGAAAUUGAAAAAAAGUUAGAAAAAGAUAAGAAAGAAAAAGAAGAUGAACAAAGAUUAAAAUUAGAUGAAGCUAAAAAAAUAUUGGCAAAAAAAUUAGAACCCACAAAUUCAAGUGAUAACAAAGCAACUGGUUUCAAAAGACCGACAAUAAAUAAAACAAUAUCAAAUGGAAAUAUUAAUAAUAGUAAUGGUAAUAAUAGUUGUAAUAAUAGUAAUAGUAAUCAUAAUGGCCAAGAAAGAGAUGGAAUUAAAAGGUUUAGGUCAGAUAAUACAACCAACUUUGAAGAUGGUGAAUAUGAAGAACAAGUAAUGAAUGAUAAUAGAAAUAAUAAUAAUAAUAAUAAUUAUAAUAAUAGUAAUAAUAAUUAUAAAAAUGGAAAUGAAAAUGGAAAUGGAAAUGGAAAUGGAAAUGGAUCACCAUAUGGUAUGGUAGAAAGACAUAAACCACCGCCUUUUAAUUAUGAAAAUGGUGAAAAUAAUGAUAAUAAAUAUAAUAACAACAAUAAUAACAAUAAUAAUAACAAUAAUAAUAAUAAUAAUAAUAAUGGUUUUGAUAGGUCAAACCGUCCAAAUGGAUAUCAUCCAUAUGGUGGUGGUGGUGGUGGCAAUAAUUUUAGGAAUGGUAAUAGUAAUGGUGGUUUCCAACCAAGAGAAUAUUCACCAAAAAAUAAUUCAAACGCUAUUUUUGUAGGUGAUCUAACUCCAAUAGCCCAAGAACAAACAUUAAAUAAUAUUUUUAAAGAAUUUGGUGAAAUCACUUCAAUUAGAUUAUUUCCUUCUAGAGGGUUUGCAUUUGUUAAUUAUAAAGAUAGUGAAUCAUGUGUAAGAGCAAUCGCAGGUAUGAAUGGAGGUUUAGUUGAUGGUAAUCCAGUCAAAGUUGGUCAAUCAAGUGCUGGUUCCAAAAUUUACAGUAAUGGUGGUGCUAGUGGUCCAAGUAGAAGAAAUAUCAACUUUAAUAACAACUAUAAUUUACCAAUAAACCCAAACCCAUACCAACAAGCACCAUCAUCACUCCCAUAUAAUUAUAAUAAUAAUAACAAUAAUAAUAAUUACAAUAAUAAUAUUAAUAAUAAUAACACCAGCAGCAGUUAUAACAACUAUAAUUCAAACAAUGUUAAUAAUUCAAUUCAAUUUAGUCCAACCACAUCAAUUUCAAAUAGUGAAACUAUCUCCUCAAACAGUAAUUUACCAGUUGAUCAAGAUUAUUAUAAACCUGAAAAAUUCAUCCCAACUACCUCAGAAAAUAAUGAACAAAUAGAGAGAAAUGAUAGUGAAAAUUCCAAUGGAGAUGGUUAUGAUAACAUAAAUAGCGAAAAUCCUCGUAGACAACUUCCAAAAUAUGAAUAA